GAGGUUGUAAAGUUACACUGCUGAGAUUUGGUGGAACUGGUGGAGAACAAUUUAUCAUUCGUUGAGUUGAUUUGCAGAUUAUGAUGAACGCAACAUCCAACGCAAGCAACUCAUCAUGUGUGAUCAUGAACCCGUCGGCAGGUCCCCUGCUGAUGUCCAUCUACAUCAUCGCCUUCAUCCUGGGACUGCUGUUCAUCCUGGUCACCAUUGGUCCCAUAAUUCAGCAGAUCUGCAGAAAGAACGUUCUAGGGAUCUACCUUCUCAGCCUGUCUGUCUCGGAUCUCCUGUACAUCCUUACCAUGCCUAUGUGGAUCUAUUAUUUAAGCAACAACCACAAAUGGACCCUUGGCCAGGGACUCUGUAGUCUGGCUGGCUUCUUUUACUACUCCAACCUGUACAUCAGCAUCUAUAUCCUCUGCUGGAUCUCCAUUGAUCGCUGCCUGGCCAUCACCUUCCCUCUGCGAGUCCAAGCCUUCCGCCGCCAGCGCUACGCCUGGAUCAUCUCUGGGCUGGUCUACAUUUUUGUCAUGGCCUUGCACUGUUUGGUGCUGUACCUGGACAAGCUGCCAGAUAUGCUGGACGAUGCCGACCAGAGGUGCUACGAGACCUUCCCCAUGACAGAACGCAUCGCGAUGUUCAACCUGAUACGGGUCGGAAUUGGUUUCCUCUUGCCGCUGGUGGUCAUCACGGUCUGCUACUGGUUGAUCGCAUCCAAGGUGCAGCAAAGUCGAGGGGUGGAUGAGAAAGGCAAGCGCAAAGUCAGGCUUUUGUCAAUGGGAGUCAUUGGCAUUUUCUCCUUCUGUUUUGCACCGUACCACAUCCUCCUGAUGAUACGGUCCAUCGCUUUCUUUUCUGUGGAAGAAAAACAAAGCUGCAUCUUUGAGCAAGCGAUGUAUUUACCCUUCACUUGCUCCCUUGCACUAUCCAGCCUGAACAGCGUGGUGGACCCAGUGCUCUAUGUUUUAGCAAGUAACGGAGUGAGGGAGGACAUGAGGUUGUUCUGUUCGAAAACCAAGCAGAGACAAGUAACAAGAUGCACUCUUGUUGAUUCCAAGAGUAGGACAAGAGUAAACAACUUGUGUUAAAACCAAUCUCAGUAGAUUUGCCCCUUACAGCACUGUAUAUUUGUGCACACUGUUUUUGCACCCAUGCAGGAAUUGUGCAAAUCAGUUACCAGCACAAAAUCGCCCAAACCGCUUGUGCUGCCAAUACAGGCACAAUCUUGCGGAUGUGUUCUGAUUGUUAAGUUUGUGGAGGGACGACAAACAUGAUCAGGCGUACUUUUCUGGAACUCCACCACUGCGAUCCAGACACCUGAAUUGACUUUUUAACAUGCUGAAAGCUGCUCGACUACACUGCUCAUCUGGAUUAUAAUGCUUUUCUUUAUCUUUCGAUGAAUAACUGCUAACAUGACUGUAACGCUUGCAUUCUGCAGGUGGUUUUAGGUAAAAAAGCACCAAGUUUUGUGAGUAAAGCUCAUCUAUAAUAAGCCUAGUUUACAUAGAACUCAAUGACAUGUACUGACAAUACUGAUGUUGCAGCAUUUUAGUGCAUUUAGCACCUGUUUAAACUGGAUUGUGGUGAUAAUGCUGUUUUUGUGCUAAAAUACUGUGUGCAAAAGGGAUUGUUUAGUGAAUUAGCCACUCUAUGCAAGUGUUAUAAUAAUAAUAAUAUUAAUAAAUAAUAAAACAUCA